AUGAAAGAGGCUAUUGAAACUAGAAAAAAGGACUUAGAAGAGAAAAAAUUUAGGAGUAUAAAAGAAGCUAAAGAGUCAGCGAUUAAGGAAUUGGAAGAUUAUUGUAAUUCAAAUGAAAAAGAAUUACCAGAAUUUAAAAAGAUUAUUGAGAA